AUGGCAGAUUAAUCAAUUAAAGGAACUAAUUGGGGUAGAGUUAUUAUAGAUGAUAAGAAUUUGAGUUUAUCCCAUCUAUCUCAAAAUGUCAUUAAAUUCCCUCUUAAGAGAAUUACUAAUUCUAAUAUUUAAAAGAAUGAUAUUGUAUUGUAAUUAAGUACUGAGGAAUGUGCAGAAAAGUAUAAGGUUUCUAAUUAUUCUUUAUUAGUGAAGAUAUGUUAUGUGAAGUCAGAUUUUAUAUUCCUCCAAAAGAACAAGUAUGUUUAUAAUAUUUAAAUAUUAGAAAACAGAAAAAAAGAAAUAGGAAUCAAAUGAAGAAGAAUAAGAUGAAAUAUCAUAUCUAUAAUAAGUUUAAAAUCAGAUUGUCAAAAAAGCAAAAAUUGGAGGUAGUAGUGAUUCAAUAUUAACUAUUCAUGAAGUACCCUUAAUUGUUCCUAGAGGGAAAUAUACUAUGGAUUUCUUUAAAAAAGACAUUCGAUUUCAUGGCAAUACUUAUUAAUUCAAUACUGAUUAUAAGAGUAUUACUAGAUUCUUUUUACUUCCUAUGCCAGAUGAAGUCAAUCUUUCAUUGGUUAUUGGUCUUGAAAAUCCUAUUAAAUAGGGUCAAACUGCUUAUAAUUAUAUAGUAAUGUAGUUUAGGAAAGACUUAGAAACAUAAAUUGAGAUGAAAUACACAAGAGAAUAAUUAGAUAAUAUUGGAUGGAAAGGAAUUAGAUUAGAAUAUUCUGGUUCUAUGUUUGAUGUAGUAUGUGAUGUUCUCUCAGAAAUUACAGGAAUUAAAGUAGUAUCACCUAAGAAUUUCAAAUGCAAGAAUGGUUUAUUUUGUUUGAGAUGUUCAGUUGUACCUCAUUCAGGAUUUUUAUUUCCAUUAGAGAAAUCAUUACUUUAUAUUUAAAAACCAGUAAUCUAUAUUAAACAUGAUGAUAUAAAAGAAAUUGUAUUUCAAAGAGUAAUUAUAUAUAUAUAAUUGUAUAUUAGAUUACACAGACAACCUAGAAUAAAUUCUUUGAUAUUAAAAUUGUAACUCAGAAUACAUCUCAUUUAUUCUCUACAGUUGAUAGAGAAGAAUUGGAUAAUUUAUCAUAAUAUUUUAAUUCCAAAAAAUUACAAGUGAAAAAAAUUCAAGAAGAAAAUGAAGGAAUAAAAAAUGGUAAAGAUGAUAGUGAGGAUGGCAGUUAAAAUGGAAAUGAUCAUAAAAUAACUUUAUCUUAAAUGGAUUCUGAUGAAGAUGAUGAAGAUUUUUAAGCAUAAGAAGAUUCUUAUAAUAGUGUUUAAUUUUAAUAAAAAGUUUAAAAAACAAGAAAUGUUAAAAAAUGA